AUGAACUACUUGAGAGCUGUGAUCAAAGAGACACUCAGGCUACAUCCUCCAGUUCCAUUGAUGGUUCCUCACGAAUCAACAGGAGGUGUCAAACUAAGAGAUCACCACAUACCCGCUGGUAUGCAGGUUAUGGUCAAUCUUUGGGCGAUCGGGAGAGAGACAACGACUUGGGGACCAGACGCAAAUGAGUUAAGACCGGAGAGACAUUUAGAGUCGUCGGCUGAUUUCCGGGGCCAGGAUUUUGAGCUGAUUCCGUUUGGAGCUGAUGCCCAGGAACAUCAUUUGCUGUGGUGUUGA